UCUGCGGAGUCCGAACGGACUGCUGUGGGAGUUGUCCCUCUUUGCGUAAGUGAGACUGAGCCCAGAGUCCCGUUUGGCCUGGCGCAGUCUCUGAGCCGGGGAUGGUUGUCUGGGCUCCAUGGAGGCUUCUCUCGGGGGCUGCUCAGCGGUGUGUGGUGCUGGAGGAGGGCCCGAGGCCUGGGCCGAACCCUCCCUGGGUGCCGUGGUCGAGGCCCCGCUCCUCUCUCCACCUGGUUCCCCUUCUGUGAGGUGCUGAUAGUGGGGCCUGCGCAGCCCGCUGUUCGUAAACGGCCCUUGUCUGGUGUGAAGCGCCGGGAGCCUGCUGGGGAAUGACAUCGCCAACCCAAGGCUUUGGGGGAAGAGAUGUGCGAGGAGGGGAGCGAGCACCCGGGGCAGUUACAGGCAGAGGAGUGCAGACAUCGUUAACAUGGGGCUUUGGAUCAGGAUUUUGAGUUCCACGUCUGCUGCUCCCUCCUAUGUGAUCAGCUGUUCCAGCGUAUCUGAACUUUAAUUUUCUCAUGUGUGUUAUAGGAAUAAUCACUACUUUGAAAGAUUGUUCAGAAAGUAUAAUGAGAUGAAAUAUGUGUAGCUUUUAAUCAGGUGCAUGGUAAAGAAUGAGUGCUCAAUAACCAUUAGAUGUGUAUUGUUACAGAAAAGGCUGGAAGUCUGCCUAAUACUAGGCAGCUGUGGCAGGUGAAGCAAAGUCAUUCCUGGGGUUCCAGGCCCUGCAAGUUGCUCUCUGCGAACAGGUUUUCAUCCCCAUCUUCCGUUUGAGGGAGAACCAGACUCUGUGUUUAAAAUUUGUGACCACUUUGGUUUGCUUGUUCAGAUGUACUCAAGGAAGCACAAGGCAACUGGGAUGGAAUUGAUAAAGUAUAGUAUGAACCAAAUUUCUAGUCUUUUGGCCCCUAAAUGCCUUUGUCUCAUUCUUAUUCUAUUCACACUCGUGCUUUGUCCCCAAUGCCACGGUUUUCUUCUUCAGACAAAUUAAAUAAGAAACAGGAGUGUGGAAGUUUUUAAGGUUGAAACCACAUUGAUCAAUAUGUAUUUUGAGUUUGAAGAAUGACAUACUGUAUUUUAUCAGUUUAGGACACCAUCAGUUGUAUGAUACAUCCCAAUCUCAUAGAUAUUACAGUGUGAAAGUUCUUUUUUAGACAUCCUAUAGUCAACAAAAUGUAAUAUUUCUAACCAUCUGCAUCCCGGAAAGCUGUAUCACAUAACUUUUAAAUGAGUUACAUCUUUAGACUUACAGAGCAACUGCUCAAGUUCCUCACCUGUGGUUAUUGAAACCAGUGCAGCUCCACAUGUGGUCCAUGACCUGCAGUAGCAUCUGAGAGCUUGUUAGAAACGCAGGAUCUGGGAGUGGGCCCGACUGCAUUCUAAUGAGAUCCCAGAGUCGUACACACAUGGACGUUUGAGAAGCACUGUUUUAAAGCACACCCUUGGAACUUCUAGGAGGGUGUGAUCUACCAUGCCUUUUCUCAGAAAGAGGCACAAGAGUUGGAUGUUCAGCAGCCGGGAGCCUGGCGGGCGGAAGCCUUCGUGAGGGCCUUCCUGAAGCGCAGCAUGCCCCACAUGAGCCAGCAGGCCCGCGAGGACCAGCUGCAGCGCAAGGCCGUCGUUCUGGAGUAUUUCACUCGCCGGAGGCGGAAGGAGAAGAAGAGGAAAUCCAAAGGCCUCUCCGCCAGGCAGAGGAGGGAGCUGCGGCUCUUUGACAUUAAACCAGAGCAGCAGAGGUACAGUCUUUUUCUCCCUCUUCAUGAACUCUGGAAACAGUACAUCCGGGACCUGUGCAAUGGUCUUAAGCCAGACACGCAGCCACAGAUGAUUCAGGCCAAGCUGUUAAAGGCAGAUCUUCAUGGCGCCAUUGUUUCAGUCACAAAAUCCAAAUGCCCCUCUUAUGUGGGUGUUACGGGAAUCCUUCUACAGGAAACAAAGCAUGUUUUCAAAAUUAUCACCAAAGAAGACCGCCUGAAAGUUAUCCCCAAGUUAAACUGUGUGUUCACUGUGGAAAUCGAUGGCUUUAUUUCCUACAUUUACGGGAGCAAAUUCCAGCUUCGGUCAAGUGAGCGGUCUGCGAAGAAGUUCAAAGCAAAGGGAACAAUUGACCUGUGAGCUCCUGCCGCCCAAGGCGGUCGUUUAUGACCCCGAAACCUGGAAGCACCCUGCAUGCCCACCUUUCCGGGAAGAGAUGGUCAGGCCAGUUCUGGUGAUAGACCACCUCCAGCCAGUUGGAAUCUGUGUGAAGGACACAAUCAUCCGGGAAGAAACACGCGGUGCUGAGUGAAGAAGUCAGGAACAGAGAGGUGGUGUUCACAGGUGAUCUGAAUCUAUAUGACUCCCGUGGAGAAAGAAGAUGGCAGAGAACACCAGGAUUAGCACAGGUUGACUUGAACGGUGGGAUUAUUUGGUUUUUAUUUGUUUUUCAUACUGGUCUGUGUUUUCCGAGUGUUCUAUGAUAAAUCAGUUGCUUGUGUAAUAAUAAGAUACACACAGAGGCAUCAACAGGC